AAAAAACUAAACAAGGCUGUUAAAGAAAUAUUGCUAAUACAAGACUUCUACCGUUAUGGGAAGCAACAACAUGGACGAGAACUUUUUUCUUGACAUUCCAGAUGCCGCGCUAGAAGCUUUAAAUUUUGAACAAGAUGGAAGUCAAAACCACCCAAUAGGUUUUCCUGAAAUUACAGAGGAAGACUUAUCAAGCGUUAUUCCUCAAGAAGAAAUGUUGAAGGGAAGAGCGCUUAAAGGGGCCAAGAAAUUUCCCUCUGAGGCAGCUGCAGUUGGAAGCAAGGGUAUUAAGCACACCGAUUUUGAACAGCCCUGCACGUCCAAAUCCCUCAUUGCCCAAAACCCGCAACCUUUAAAGAGGGGCAAAAAAUUUCCCUCUGAGGCAGCUGCAGUCGGAAGCAAGGGUAUUAAGCACACCGAUUUUGAACAGCCCUGUACGUCUAAAUCCCUUAUUGAACAAAACCAGCCGGCAUUAAAAAAGGCCAAAAAGUCUACCUCUAAAACAGCAUCCGUUUUCAGGGCGGGGGGAAAGGGGCUCAGACCCCCCGCUUUUGAACCGCCCAAAGCUACCUCUACAACUUUCAAAAACCAUGGUAAGCGAGGCGGAGGCGGUAAAGCCCCUCGUUUUCAACAGACCUAUGCCUCCCCGACCCAAUCAGCUUUAAAAAUAAACAACUCUGUAGAAGGAACCGUGUCUAGGGGUGGGUUCGAGCAGGGUGAAGAAGUUAACCCCCAAGCUUUCGGAACCCGCAAAACCCCUGCUACAAAUAACAAUCUUCCUGUGGGGCUGGCCGCAUCAGUUGCUGCUUGUAACGAGCUGUUUAGUGUUUGUUCAUCUUUAAAGCGUUUAAUAGAUAAAAAGUUUCAAAGCUAAUUCUUGAGGUAUUUCAAAAACAAAAUUUUCCAGAAGAAAGGGUUGUUUUAGACCAAAAAAUAGCAGACACCCGGGCACUAAUUGAAAAGGUCGAAAGCGCGUUAAAGGGGGAAGGAAGAGGGUGACUACACAUGAAACCUAAAAAUGUAAAAAGGGGUUGGAAAAAAAAAUGGAAAAAAUCUAAAAUGUUAAGAAGGCUUUUGGCAAAAAGAAUAAAAAAAGCCAAAGCUAUUUUAAAAAAACAACCCCCCAACCAAGAAAGGGAAAUAGACCCUCCCACCCCUUCUUCUUCUUCUGAAGGUC